CCCGCCCAUGAAGUCACCAGAUGAUAAUCCUCUACCAGACGAUAUGUUAAGGAAUGUUGAGCAGCUAAAAGCCCUAACUAUCCACCCAACUAUUGAUCGGCUGGCUCCCGCGGGUUUAGGCAAAGCGAUCGAACAACUCACAAAUCUAAAGACACUAGAUUUGGUAGGAAACUCAAUCCACUGUGACUGUGCCCUGCCCAAGGCCCUUGCUUCACAGAAUAUCCUUCUGCUAUCCAAAUCACGUAUGCCACCUGUGAAGGGGUGUAAGCGCCACGGAUUUUCAUCUGACCUCUAUAAUAUUCAAGAUUUCCUCGAGAAAUGCGCUGAACGUGAGGGUUACGAACUACAAGAACCACCCCACGACAUUAUGCCUCAGGUACCAGCAGGGUUGUCCAACCGGAGGUUUGGGAACAUUCGAGAUCAAAAUUUGUUCAACAGGGGAAUCACAUACAACCGGAUCAACUCGAGUCCAAUGCAACCGAGUGCCGCCAAGCGGGUACCCGGUGCGUUCUCUGGAGUCAUUGGGAAACCUCCAAGCGGAGGUUUGUCAGCUUUUGGCCGGAAGAAGCCGAGUUUCUCUGCCAGUACGUUCGCCAGCCGGUUCAGCAAGGCAAGACAUCAGGCUGGAAGGUGGGGACGUAGAAGACUAUUAUCGCUUGAUGAAGUCGACAUUGAUCCUGCUUCCUCGGAGGCAAUAGCCACAGCGCAAGGCGAGGAGAAGCGACAAAAGCGCCAGGCAACUACUUGGAAUCGGAAACGGAGACGUAGACCAAUAGAGAUGCUCCCUGGUAUGUCUGUUGAGGACUUUAUCAAUGCGCAUAAGCGAAGAGGAAGAGGAAGGAAGAUGCAGAAUGGAUGGACCGAACUAUCCGGAGGCUGGAGGUACCGAGAUGUCCGAUCUGUAGGUGGCGAAAACAGCAGUGAUUCCUUUCCCCCUCUAGAAGUUACCGUACCGCCAAACGGACAAUCGCAACAGAAGAGUGAGGAAGACAGUCAAGAAGUGUCUUUGCGAAGAUGGGGAAGUAGCGGACUAUUAUCGCUUGAUGAAGUCGACAUUGAUCCUGCUUUCUCGAAGGCAACAGCCACAGCGCAAGGCGAGGAGAAGCGACAAAAGCGCCAGGCAACUACUUGGAAUCGGAAACGGAGACGUAGACCAAUAGAGAUGCUCCCUGGCAUGUCUGUUGAGGACUUUAUCAAUGCGCAUCACCGAAGAGGAAGAGGAAGGAAGACGCAGAAUGGAUGGACACAACUAUCCGGAGGUUGGAGGUAUCGAGAUGUCCGAUCUGUAGGUGGCGAAAACAGCAGUGAUUCCUUUUUCCCUCUAGAACUUACCGUAUCGCCGAACGGACAAUCACAACAGAAGAGUGAGGAAGACAGUCAAGAAGUGUCUUUGCGAAGAUGGGGAGGUAGCGGACUAUCAUCGCUUGAUGAAGUCGACAUUGAUCCUGCUUUCUCGAAGGCAACAGCCACAGCGCAAGGCGAGGAGAAGCGACAAAAGCGCCAGGCAACUACUUGGAAUCGGAAACGGAGACGUAGACCAAUAGAGAUGCUCCCUGGCAUGUCUGUUGAGGACUUUAUCAAUGCGCAUAAGCGAAGAGGAAGAGGAAGGAAUACGCAGAAUGGAUGGACACAACUAUCCGGAGGUUGGAGGUAUCGAGAUGUCCGAUCUGUAGGUGGCGAAAACAGCAGUGAUUCCUUUUUCCCUCUAGAACUUACCGUACCGCCAAACGGACAAUCCCAACAGAAGAGUGAGGAAGACAGUCAAGAAGUGUCUUUGCGAAGAUGGGGAGGUAGCGGACUAUCAUCGCUUGAUGAAGUCGACAUUGAUCCUGCUUUCUCGAAGGCAACAGCCACAGCGCAAGGCGAGGAGAAGCGACAAAAGCGCCAGGCAACUACUUGGAAUCGGAAACGGAGACGUAGACCAAUAGAGAUGCUCCCUGGCAUGUCUGUUGAGGACUUUAUCAAUGCGCAUCACCGAAGAGGAAGAGGAAGGAAGACGCAGAAUGGAUGGACACAACUAUCCGGAGGCUGGAGGUACCGAGAUGUCCGAUCUGUAGGUGGCGAAAACAGCAGUGAUUCCUUUUUCCCUCUAGAACUUCCCGUUCCGCCAAACGGACAAUCCCAACAGAAGAGUGAGGAAGACAGUCAAGAAGUGUCUUUGCGAAGAUGGGGAGGUAGCGGACUAUCAUCGCUUGAUGAAGUCGACAUUGAUCCUGUUUUCUCGAAGGCAACAGCCACAGCGCAAGGGGAGGAGAGGCGACAAAAGCGCCAGGCAACUACUUGGAAUCGGAAACGGAGACGUAGACCAAUAGAGAUGCUCCCUGGCAUGUCUGUUGAGGACUUUAUCAAUGCGCAUCACCGAAGAGGAAGAGGAAGGAAGACGCAGAAUGGAUGGACACAACUAUCAGGAGGCUGGAGGUACCGAGAUGUCCGAUCUGUAGGUGGCGAAAACAGCAGUGAUUCCUUUUUCCCUCUAGAACUUCCCGUUCCGCCAAAUGGACAAUCGCAACAGAAGAGUGAGGAUGACAGUCAAGAAGUGUCUCUGAGAAGUAAACGAAAUAUUGUUAGGAAUGAUCUCGGGAGUAUGCUUGGACGACUUCGUCAAAGAAAAGGAGCACAGCCAUUUCAGAAGAAAAAUCUGUGGACUGAUCAAUAUGUAAGCGGGCAAAGGAGGCGAGGAGAACGGUCAACUAAUGGUCAAAACAUAACCAACACAGCGGAAUAUCCACUAACAGUCUUUGAGGAACAGGUCCUAGGAGAAACUCCUAACCAAUCGCCCACAGGCAACGUUGAGCAGCAAUAUGUGAAUUUAAAUGUGGAAGAUAGCCGAGGCGAGCCAACAGAUGCAGUCCAGCUGGAACGCCCCGUUCCGCCUCCGGUUGAAGCCAACCCUGGUCGUCGUGCUCACCCCCAUCCACCGGGUCAAGGAAAAGAUCACCGUCAUCGUCAUCUUCCAGAUGAAAGAGCUCGUCAGCUCGCAAUGUAUCAGCUACCGAUGAACGAUCUCACCUUGAAACUGAACCCGUUUGAUCCGUUCGAAGUAGAUCUCUUCUUCCAGUACAUCCUGCACAACGAAAACCUACCAGAGAACCAGGAGUUACCGCGCCCCCAAUGACGAAAACAAAUUAUGAUAUG